CAUGAGUAAAAUACCCCUCAGCAAUUUUGAGGCCCUGGUAGAAAGGAAUGAUAUCAUUGAAGAAGACUUAGAGCUGUCAUAUGGAGAUGACACAGCAGCCUUUAUGUCAUCUGCUGCUACUUCUGUCUCAAGAAACAUGUGUGGAAUAAGUGAAACAGGAAAUGUAGUGCAAUCAAAAAGAGACAUUGAAACUGGAUUUGCUCAAAGACCAUUUUAA